AUCGGAUUUCAGAACAGCUUGGAUAGAUCUAGAAAGAAUUUGCAAUGGCAUCUCUACAACUCCAAUGUUCAAUGCUUUCCUUGACACCCAGAGUACCUCAAGUUAGCAGAGUCGAAGUGCGCAGUAGAAAGAAAGUAGUUUGUGCAGUCCAAAAGAUCGACUAUCGUCCCCCUUCAUCUAGGACUGCCGCUACAGAGUUGGACUACCUGGAAAAUUGGAGCACAGUAGUACCAGAUACCUUACUAUUGCAGGAUAUUGAGAAAAUUGAAGCUCCCAAAGCAGCGACGGUGUCCAGUGCUGUUCUUGGAGGCAUCUUAAGGAAUCCUGCUGGACUACAGGAGUACAAGAUUGCCAUCGCUAAUGCGAUCAACUACGACGUCUGCCAAGCAAAGACGGGUGCAGCGAAGCUGGCCUGUGAAAUUGACAAGGCGACUGUGAACAUUGGGGCUUUGUUUUCUAGACAAGUCGAAGGGCGAGUCUCCACAGAGGUAGACCCAAGGCUGGCCUACGACACAGAAGCAAUCAUGACCAGAGCACAGGGUCUCCUGAAGAAUUAUGAGGAGAUGGGCAUCUCGCGUGACCGCAUCCUGUUGCGGGUACCUGGCACAUUUGAGGGCAUCCAGGCUGCGAAGGAGCUUGAAGCGCAAGGCAUCCAAACCCAUAUCAUCCUCGUCUACAGCUUUGUGCAGGCCACGGCCGCUGCACAGGCUGGUGUGAGCGUGAUCCAGCCAAACAUCGGCCGCGUGGACGACUGGUUUCACAAGUACCCGGGUGUCAUCCGUGACCCGAAGGGCCCACGGGAGGACAGCGGCUUCCUCAGUGAUGUGAACCCUGGCGUGCGCAUGGCCGCGCGCAUGUACAACUACUGCCAGAAGUACCACCCGAAGACAAAGGUCAUGGUGUCUGGGUUGAGGAAGGCCAAAGAUGCGUUGGCGCUGGCAGGCGUGGACUAUCUGGUGGUGGGCCCCAAGGUGCUGGCAACGUUGUCGGAGACGCCCACGCUGCAGGGCUACAACGACGGCCUCACCACGCUGCCGGGGGAUGACGAGUACUACUCCCCUCGCCUGUCGCCUGAGGCAGCCAAGGAGGCCGACUUUGAGGAGUUUGAGCUGGAGCCGGUGACAAAGCAGAUCUUCGAGGAAGGCCUUGGGCUGGCUGGAGUGUCGCUGCUGAAGCAGGGGGUGCAGGGCCUCGUGGAUGACAUCGAGCGCCUGGAGCCCUUCUUCAAGAACCUGUCUGUCGGCCAGGAGUGACCGCCGGGACUGAAGUGCGUCCCUGUCAGCACUUUGAGGGCAAAUUCCCACAUUCUUUUUCAUUGCCAGUGUUGAGCUUCAGCAGGCCUCUGGCAGUCUAUCUAGCGAUCGCUUGAGUAUGCUUCUCUGUGUAGAGACACCCACAUCAUUGUGUUAGAACUAUCUUAGGACGAGGCUGUCGAGACACCGGGCAAGAACUCUUGUACUUGACUAUUGCGCCGAGUACACUAAGAAAAGGUCUAGGCAAGAAAAUUGGACUUCAUAAUAGUGGCAGAGAGAUUAUGUUGCUGUCCUAUUUUAGCACAGGUCUUGCACUGCUCAGAAUUGCGUAAUUGUAGUGAACUUAUUGGGAGCCCCGGUCAUGGGUCCUUUUCGUUUAUAAACAUGCAAGAUUGUGAUGAGAUAUUUCUGAAACGUAUGGCUUACAUCUGUUUGCCUUUGACGGCUGUCACAAUGCCACUAACAUAUGAACUCACACAGUGUAACACGCACUCUCCUC